UCGGCAGAUCACCAAUUCAUGGAAAGAGCCAAAGAUGUUGGCUUGGUCAUGUGAUCAGCUGUGUCCAAUCACAGCUGAUCACAUGGGACAUGUACACAGAUCAUCAGAGCACUGAUGAUCAGUGUGCCCUGAUGAUCUGUGUAGCCCCAGCAGUGCCACCUGUCAGUGUCCAUCAGUGCCAGAUCUCAGUGCUCAUCCAUGGCACCUGCCAGUGCCAAAUCAGUGCCACAUCAAUGUCACAUAUCAGUGCUCAUCUGAGCUGCCUUUCAGUGUCACCUGUCAGUGCCACCUAUCAAUGCCAGUCAGUGCCGCCUAUCAGUGCCAUAUAUGAGUGCUGCCUUUUAGUGCCCAUCAGUGAU